AGGGUUUCUAGUUUUCUUCCUCGCACCGAUGGAUUUUGUUCUGAGAAUUCGAAUCUAGGAUUUGUUUGAGCGUGCGCGAAGGAUCAUGGUGGGGUUCAGAAACAGAUACAUGGUGAUGGAGGUUUUUCUGAACCCUAAUAGAGACAAAGUUGGGGAUGCGUCUGUUAUAAUUACACAGUUUAAUGUGUCAAAAGCUGUAAGAGACAGCAUAUUGGUGAAUUUUGGGGAGUGUGGUUUGGCUUCAUCAUUGGGAUCGUUCCAGGUUAAGUACGUGAAUCCAAUCACUAAUGUGUGUAUAAUUAGGGCAUCAAGGGAGGAGUAUCAGAAAGUAUGGGCUGCCAUUACAAUGGUCACAAAUAUUGGAAACUGCCCGGUCAUGUUUAACUUGCUGGAUUUAUCUGGAAGUAUAAGGGCUUGUAAAAAUGCUGCCUUGAAGUGUGAGGAGUCAAAAUUUGAGCAGUACAAACUCAUGCUUGGUGAUCGAUUCUCUGCCGAUCAUACUCAUCGCAUGAAUACCUAUCUCGACCGGAUCAAAGUUUUGGAGCACUGAAUAUUUAGCCUACGAGGAGUGUCUCAUUCAGAUUUCUCAAUUUCUUGCAACUAGUUUGUGUUCAGUCACAAGUUGCCUACGAUUAUUGGUUAAAUUUUAAGCUCACUAAUCAUAUAGUGUAUGUGUUAUCUACGUGAGUUCAUUGCACCAUCUUUUUUCAGAAGAUGCGGCUCCCAUUUAGUUUGUGUCUGACAUACCAAUUUUUCUGAUGUGAUAUUACCUAGUGUAUGGUAGAGUUACAGCUUUCAACCGAGAGAAGAGGCUUGUGAAAAUGUGUAAAUUUGCAUAUUCAUUGUAAAUUACUAGAUUAUUUCUAGUUACGGAACACAUAAUUACAAAGGGAAACUUGUUUUUUGAGCCUGCAA